AUGGCCAACACCCUGCCGGGGUUACUGCAACCAGAGAAGGAAGUCCUAAGCUCCCGUUCCACAUCACAGCCAAGAGUAACCAAGUCCAAGACCUUGGCCAAGUCCACUUUCUGGCGAGUAAUGUUAAAGGAGCAGAAAGUAAAGCCAAAGGCGCUGAGCCUACUCCCGGCCAGAUAUACUUAUUUGAGCUGGAAUAGACCCAUCCUCACCACCGUAGCCAAGUGGGCAAUCAUUUCUAUUGCUCGUUUUUUCAAUCCUUCUCGUGGUCAGGCCCUGGUCUCUACGGGAGGUCUCCUGUACACCAUAGCCGAAAACUACUUCCGGUCGUGCUCCCUGACCAUCUUCUACGAGUCCUCGACCUCUGACCUGGCUCUUCAGCUGCGCCUCACUCUUGCCAGUUGGGGGGUCAAGAUGUACGUCUUAGAGAAAGAUGUCCUCCUGCGAAAGAACACCUGGGCUCGAUCCAACUGCGACGGCUACUUCUUCUUGAUAACCAAAGGCGAAGCUUUGGUCCAACACGCCUCCCUAGACCACUUCAGAAGCGUUCCCUAUGGCCCAGAUUUCCUGCCGCCAUCUCUGUGGAAUUACAAGGCUUACUACGUCGUCCUCCCACUUGACCCUCAGGGACCCAAACCGAAGGAACUGGUCGAGCUCUUUAAUUUUAGGAAGACGGAAAACCUCGCCAUUUUACAAGCUAGUCAGGACACAGUGAAGAUAUGGACACACAUCCUCUACACUGAAGCGAUUGGGCUGGAGGUUGUGGACACUUGGUUCCACGGGAAGCUGCACCGUGAUAAUGUCUUCCCAAGGAAGUUCAACAAUUUCCACGGGGCCAAAGUUCGUGUGGCCACGUUUGAACUGGAACCCUUUAUCGUCUAUGCUAAAGAUGACAGCGGCAACUUUGUCGGGAGGAUCGGCGUGGAUAUGCAGGUCAUCAAUGGGCUGUCGAGGGCCAAAAACUUCACUGUCGAUUUCUUCGAGGUCAGUGACGACGAAAAAUGGGGGAGCAAAUACCCAGAUGGUUCGUGGGAUGGCCUCAUGGGGCAAGUGUUUAGUGAGGCUUCUGACAUCGCUGUCUGCAAUGUAUUCAUUGAUGGGCCCAGAUGGGGCCUCAUUGACUACUCGUUCCCGUACAAUUACAUGCCGGCGUGUUUUGUGGCACCAUCACCGAAGCCCUUGCCUAACUGGCAGUCCCUAAUCCUACCUUUUACUUGGCUUACCUGGAUCUCCAUAGGCCUUUCUGCUCUCAUAGGUGGUUUCCUCCUCUAUCCUUUUUCGCGGUUGGGAGUCAACGCAGAGUCAAUAGAGUUCAAGAGCUUCUCUUUUAAUUACCUCUACAUUCUCAGUUCUAUAACUGCCAGAGGUGUCAUCACCGAGCCUAGGCACUUGCCUUUACGCCUCUACGUUGGCCUCUUCUGGGUAUAUUCCUUGAUUGUUUCAACCGCGUACUCAGCUAAUCUUGUGGCGUUUUUAUCGGUGGCGCAGAUGGAACCUCCCAUUGACACACUGAAACAGCUGGUUGACAGUGGCUUGAGAAUCAGUGGCAAUUCCAUCUGGAAAAGCCUCUUCCAGAUGUCAACCGACAAGGCCGUUCUGGACCUCGUGCCGAAGAUGGAACUGGAUGCCGACUACCACACCAUUCUUGACAGGGUCAAAGCUGGAGAGUUCGCCUUCAUCCAGAACAGACAAUUUCUCGAAUUGAACAGGGACGCAAGAUACAGUUCAGGAGGCCGAGCGUUGAUUCGCAUCGUUGAGGAGUGCUUCAUGAGCUAUAACGUAGCCCUGACCUUGCCCAGGAACUCCCCUCUCACCGACAACCUAGCGAAAACUCUCAUGAAUAUUUUUGAAUCCGGUUUGCUACACAAGUGGAAGGCGGAAGUGGUCAAAUACGUUCACAGAAGGAACAAGAAGAAGAAUGAUGCCCAAACAGAAAUAGAUUCCUCGGGUGUUGCGCCACUAGAGCUUAGUCAUAUCCAAGGUAUUUUCUAUAUUCUGGGUAUUGGGUACUUUCUGGCUAUUUGGAUUCUGGCUUUUGAGAUUUUUGUUAGACCCAAAAUGAACUGUGGGAAUUUUUAAUAAGGCUUGGCCAUGACUUUCCUGAAGAACCACAACUCGACUGUAGAAGAACGUAUCAAUGAGAGUGGCCAAGGGAAAAAUACUGUUCUUUUACCUCCUUCUAUGUAUGCCUACUUUUCUCUGUUUAAUAUCAGCUUCAUUGCUGCUGUAUAAAUGACUUUAGUAUUUAUUCUCGCUUACCCUUAUUUACAUGGAUCAGUAUAUGAGCUGAUGGGCUCUUAAGAGUCCCCAUUCCUCCCAGUGCCUUUCAGUGUUUGAAGUAAGCAAAUAGAUGUUGAAUAAUUAAGUAAGGACUAAUGAUUAAUCAUUUAUUAUUAGCUACAUUAGUGUCCUUGUGAGUCGUAUUCUAAAAACAAAUUACAAAUACAUUUUAACUUCAAAAUCUGCAUUUGUAGUCCGUCUAAGGAAGAUGUUCAGUUAUAAGCUCACUUUUGUUGAAAUGCUUGUAUGGCAUACUUUGCAAAAAGGUCACAAUGUUUUGUAUUUUACAGAAGGGAUAAAAUAUAAUGAUUUCCCUGGUGAAAAUACUCAUUUGCAAAUGAUGCCCUAAUCUUUUCUUUUAUUGUAACAUCUGUUUGAGGAUGAGAAUUUCACAAAAAAGAAUCAGCGUACAUGUGGCUGGCUGAUUAUAUGUCUGAUUAAGUUGUGUGUGUGCGUGUGUGUUUUGAUCUUAAAGAUUUUUUGGAAACCACCUGGUGCUGGGACGCAUAUUCCCGAAGUGCACUGAGCCCUCCCCUACAGCCACCGUGGGCGGAGAUAUCUCGCAUUUCGUUCUAUUUUGUUGUCUUUAUUAUUUUUAUGUUGUGUAAACAUGAAAUUGUUAUAUAUAUUAUGGAUAGCAAUAUGCAUAAUUUGCUAUAUUUGUUGUAAUAUGCUGCUAGCCAAAGUUCAUUAACGAAAGUGUUUGCGAUGUGAACGGAUGCUUGCUAUGACAAUUACACGAAUGUAGACACAUUUCAUCGUAAUUGAAGCUCAAAAUGUGACUGUUAAUGGUGU